AUGUUUUCAGAAAGAUUAGUAAGGAUUACUUUGACUCUACCAAAAGUUGAAGGAAAUCUCAAAUAGGAAUCAGAUACCUAAACAACUACUUCAAGAUCAAGUAUUGUUCAUUUCUAUAUUAAGGAAUCAUUUCAAUAAACUCUAGACCAUAAUAAUUUGGAAAUAGAUUUCAUAAGCACACCUUGACAUCUAUUGCAAAUCCAAAACAAUUAUAACUCUAUACUCCCAUGCAAGAAAGUAAAAGAGCAAAGAGAUUAAAAAAUAUUCCUUAUCAACUUCAAUAUUUCACUCCAAAACUUCCUAAUAAAAAUUUUACUUCAAGUCAUUUAAUGAGCAAUGAAUUACUUAAACCUUCUACUGAUAGUAUCGAAAACAAAGAUAAAUGGCAAAUUAAAUCCCAUUUUACAAGAACUAAUAAUUUGUUCAGUUUCUCUUAAAUAAAAAGAACUGAUAUAUAAGAAAAAAACAAUGAAAAAUCUUAAGAUUUAAAUUAAAUUAGAAAAUAAAAUAUCAAAAAUAUUGAGAAUGAAAAAAUUAAAGUAAAAUAUCAUAUUAAUUAUGUUUAGAGAUAUAAAAAAUAUAGAUAAGCCACUUAAAAAUUAAUCGAUCAAUUUUCAUAAUAAUUCAAGUCAAGAGCAAAAAUUGACAAUUUUAGCUUGAAUCUAUGA